UUGUCACUCAGUUGCUAACGGUACUGUGCCAGUGUUUGUCGUCGUCUGUGUAUCAUCACAAUAAAUACAAUUUCAUAAAAUAUUAACGUGAAAUAUCAACAGUUUCUUACAAGCGUUAUCUUAUCACGCAUUAUCUAGGAUAAAUCGAUCAUCGUUCAGUCACCACUGUGCCUUGUUUUAGCUAGUGUUAUGAUGUUCUACUUAUCAUAAUUAAUUUCUCAUUUUCGGUUUUUACGUACUAUUUUUUGAGUGAAAAUGCCUUCCGGACGUAGGGAAACGGCAGUUUCAAUGCCGCUGACGCCUUCGCGAUCGGAUUUGUACUGGAGAAGAAUAUUUGAAAAGUACGACAAAGACAAAGAUGGCCGGAUAUCCUACGUGGAACUUAAAGAGAUUAUCGAAUCGAGAGAAUACGAACACGACUUACCCGACAAUGUUGUCGACAAGAUAAUGAAACUUGCUGACAGAGACAACUCAGGCUUCCUAGACUUCAACGAGUUUGUCGCCAUGAUGCACAACCCUGAUUUAAAGGCAGUUUUUGGACAUUUCGUUGCCAGAUAUGUGCAUUCGAUUAUACCACAACGCGGACCCGUUGAUACUACAGGUCCAUGGACAGGUUUCCGGGCUGUUUCGACAACUGAUCGUGGCAAAUGUUACUUCACGUAUACAGACGGGACUUACGAGGAGGAGUACAGCUGCUGGCCACCAGCUAUCUGCAUGAUCCUCAUAUCCUUGGUGGAGAUCGUGCUGUUCUGCUACGACGCCGCCGAGGGGUACACCCAGGCAAACGGGACUAUCGCCAAGCUGUUCAUAUACAACCCGCAUAAGAGGCAGGAAGCAUGGAGGUUCCUUACCUAUAUGCUGGUGCAUGUCGGCGUUGUCCACCUUCUAGUCAACCUUCUGGUACAGCUGUUCCUUGGAGUUCCUCUUGAGAUGGUGCACCGAUGGUGGCGAGUGACCCUGGUCUACCUCGCCGGGGUGGUGGCGGGGUCGUUAGCAACCAGUCUUACCGACCCCAAGGUGUAUCUUGCCGGAGCGUCGGGUGGCGUGUACGCGCUGAUCGCUGCUCAUGUUGCUACUAUUAUUAUGAACUGGUCAGAAAUGGAGUUCGCAAUAAUCCAGCUGCUGGUGUUCCUCCUGCUGGCUGCCGUGGACAUUGGCACGGCGGUGUACGACCGCUACUGGCGCCAUCUCGACCAGAAUAUUGGAUACGUCGCGCAUUUGGCCGGCGCUAUUGCUGGUCUCCUAGUCGGUAUCGGUGUACUCCGGAACCUCGAAAAGAGAAAAUGGGAGAAGAGGUUAUGGUGGGGAGCAGUGGUACUCUACUGUUCUCUUAUGUUGGCAGGUGUGUUAGCCAACAUCUUCUGGACGGAGAGGUUCAAAUGAAGAGCUUUCGUAUAAGUCUGAGCCUUUUAAACCAAGGUACCUGAUGUGGAACACAGGCUUCUGUCAUUUUAAUCCGAAUUUGAAGUUUUGUUGGAUUUUCAAUCUUGUGUCUACGGUGUAAAGUUGAAAAUCUUUUGAUCUAAAUUUGAAUUUUCUUUCUGAAUUCGUCUGACCACAAGGUUUUGUACAACCUUUAUUUUUUCAAUGGUCGUUUUUGGCCAAACUAAAGUCUAAUAUAUUCCACUUUAACAGACAUUUUUGAUAAUUAUAAAGCCAG